AGAUACCAAGUUAGUUUACAAGCUCAUUUAGUUCAAGAGAACAUUUCCUUAGAGCAUAAAAAAAAAAAGUUAAGAACAUGGGUGUCCAAGUUGACAUUGAGUUCCCAACCAUUGAGUUUAGUCCAUCUUAUUUGAAGCGAGGAACCGAUGGGUGGCACUGUUUGUGCAAAAGGGUUCGAGAGGCUUGCGAGACUUUCGGUUGUUUCGAAGUUGUGUACAAAAAGAUAUCAGCAAAAGCUCGGGAGGAGACGUUCGGGUUGAUGAAAGAACUGGUUGAGGUCCCGGUGGAGAGGAAACAAAAGAACGCUAGUCCCAUGCCUUACCAUGGUUGGGUUGGACCGUGCAAUCAGGUUUCCAUGUUGUACGAAGGCUUCGGACUUGGAGAUGCCUCCAACUAUGACUCCGUUAAAAGCUUUGCUCAACUUAUGUGGCCUGAUGGUCACCCACAUUUUUGUAACACUGUACAUACCAUGGCAACACAAAUAGAGGAGCUGAAUAAGUUAAUUUGGCUAAUGAUAAUUGAUAGUUAUGGAUUAGGGGAGAAAUGGGAGUCCGUGAUGAUAAACUACAAAACAUUAGUGCGGUUUAUGAAAUAUAUGGCCCCUCCACCAGGAGAGUAUGAGAGAGGACUCUUUGCUCAUACUGAUAAACCUGUCAGCACAAUCAUUUGUGAUGAUCAAAUUUCAGGGCUAGAAAUUGAGGUCAAUGGCCAAUGGAUCAAGUUGUCUUUAUCUCCUUCUUCCUUUUGCUUUGUGGUUGGAGAUCCUCUUAAGGCAUGGAGUAAUGGGAGAUUAAAAGCGGUAAAUCAUAGAGUGAUGAUGAGCGGAGAUAAAGACAGGUAUUCUAUAGCAACUUUCGCCAUUCCAGUCGAAGGCACCAUAAUCAAGGCACCCAAAGAGCUUAUAGAUGAGCAACACCCGCAGCUUUACAAGGAUUUUGACUUCAUGGACUUCUUCCUUUAUGCUUUUUCCGACCCAGCAAAACACAUCGACUCCGGCGAACAGCUCCAUGCCUUUGCUUCCCUCUCACCACCAAUUUCUAAUUAAAAGCAUGCUCGUCUCGUAUUGACAAGUAAAAAGCCUGGCUUUGGCUUAAAAUUAAUUUUAGAAAUAACAAAUUUGAGUCCUAUAUUCGGAAUUCAUUACUAUGUUUUAAUUUGUUAUAAUUGUGUAAUUGUAUUGUGCAAAGGUUAUUAAAUCUACCAUGUCGAUUUAUUCAAAAAAAAAUUCAUUAUUGAGUGAUUUUUGUGUAUUGUAUUUUAUAAAUAAGUAAUAAAACUUCCUUUAUAUUACGAAAA